CCAGCAAUGGCUGGUAACGAGCUUUUGAUUUACGUUUGCGGCCCGACAGUUUAUGAUCACGCUCACGUCGGUAACUUUCGUCCGAUUUUAACUUUUGACAUCUUUGUCAGAGCCCAGCAAAGUCUCGGUAAAAAAGUUGAGUUAAUCCACAACAUCACCGACAUUGACGACAAAAUUAUCGCCCGCGCUGAGCGUGAAAAAACCAGCGCUUCAAAGCUGGCUCGUCAGUACGCCCAGUGCUACAAGGAUUUACUCAAGUUUUAUAACGUUACUUGCAUAACCAAAAUCCCGCUGGUGACACGCUAUGUGUCAGAUAUGCAAAAUUCUUGGUCGGCUGGCCGCCCGGGCUGACACACCGAGUGUGCGUCUCUGAUUGAGCGCUUUUUUAAGGGAAGGGAACUGGACUGACACGGCGGCGGAGUUGACUUAAUUUUUCCCCACCAUGAAAACGAGAACAUUCAGUUUCGGGCGAUCCACAAAACUCCGAUCGCCAAGCAGUGA